AGUGAUAUUUUGUUUUCUUUAAUCAUAAUUUACAAAGUGUUUAAAUGUCAAGUGUCUAACUACUUUCGAUGCAGAGAUCAUAUGUACCUGCUCACAUUUUGUAAACUAUUUUAGGGGCUACUUGAUUUGAAUCUCUAACGCGCCAAGGUCAGCAUCUCUUGUACCUACAGACUUUGUUUCCACUUCUACUAGACUCCAAGCCAGUUUGUAGGUAGUAGACUAUUGUCAAUUUUCAUAUCUCGUAAAGUCUCUUUGACUUAUCUACAGUGGAUAUGCAGUGAUUAUGUGAAUGCGGCGCUAGCUUCAUAAUGUAUUCUACAACAUAGGGGAUCAAGUUGGCAAAUAAAUCUGAUUAAUAAUACAUCAAGCUUUAUUGUUCGUAUCGAGUGGUCGUUUAAAACGGUCAUUAAAAUUUCAGCAGGAAGAAAAUAUCUUUCCAAGUUAAAUACCGAAAAACUCAAAUUAUGGGUCAUAUUGGCUAUCUGUUUUAAAACAUAGGCUUCCUAACUAGUUUUUCUCAAAGAAUUCAUCACGCGUGAUAAAUUCUCUUGUUCUUAUAUCAAUAAUAUGCCUUUUCCCUCUGUUGAAAUACUACUAACUUAUGAUGUUUGCUAAUCGGAUGUGUUCUGAUAUCUUAUGUUCAGAGUGUGGUUCUAAGCCAGCAUUCUAGAUAAGCCAUAUAGUCAGUGAAGCCUGUAGUUCCCACAUACUCUAACCGUUGAUAUGAAAACCUGGAAAAGUAACCAUCUUAGUAUCUCCUGACGGUUCAGGCCAUAAACUUAAACAGCACUUCUUGUAUGUUUGUGGAUUGAUUAGUAUCCUGUAUGAUUGAGUAAUAAUCUGAAUAUUUUGGUUGGCUCUCAUUUUCAUUCGCUUUUAUCAUUUUUUUUAAUUUUUGUUAGGCAAACCCAACGUAGGACGCAGUAUGUGUGAGCAUCAGUUCAAUUUGUCACAUCCCACUAGCUCUGCGAGAUGAACAAUCUAACGCAAAUCACACAAUCGUAAGGACAGCAGCAGUACUACUGAUAGAAAAAUUAGGUACCGAAAAUACGAUUUGAGAAGAUACGCAUUAGUGAAAUAAAAGGAUUACGAGAAAUUUAGAAAUAUAGGAUUGAAGUGAGGACAGACAGUGAAUAGACCUGAGUCACUGAGGACGGUUCUGAGUCGAUUUAACCUAGUCCCUAACCAUUUGUUAUGGUGACCUGGUAGUCUGCAUGUAGCUACCUACAUGGUUUAAUCCAAUAUUCAGUGUCUUCAUGAACUGAUGCCAUCUCUUAGGUUGGCUGCCCCUGGAUUUUUUACUAAGUACGUAGUAGAUGUCCCAACUGUCUCAGCCGAUAAAAAUUCUCGUUAAUCGAUUGACCAUCUUUGCUUCUUACUCUGUUUAGCCGUGGAAUUGCUAACUCGGCGGCCUUAAAGUAUGUGAGCGAUGCUCUGAAGACACCUAUGAUCGAUUCUUAGUGAACUACGAAUAUCCUCUAACUUUAGAGACUAGGUUUCACAACCUUAAAGUGGAAGGAAGAGAAGUGGGCAGCAUUCCUGUCUUUCAGCGGACAGAUGGGUAUGUCACCUACGUCACAAAUGAUCCAAGUUUGCAAAAGCCAAUUGAACUAUCUGGAUUCGUGUUGAGAUUUCGUCAGACACCAGCACAUCAGUUACUAGUAUUUGAAUAACCCACGCAAUCUACUCUUGUAAUUCUUCAGGUUUAGUUUGUACCAGCAUUUAUGUACUAUAAGCAGUCGUUUUUAAUCAAGCACGUAACUCGGUUUGUAGACUCUAUAAAAGUAAACAUUAAAUUGUUUAGAAGUUCGCUUUAGAACUCAACACGAAUCUACAUAGACUUGUUGUAAGCUUUCUUAGGAUGUCAAUUGCAUCAAUAGUUUUACAUAACACUAAAAAACUAAUUGUCGUUGGAUAGAGUUGUAAGGCAAGUUACGUAAUGUACCUAAAUCUCACUUCGAGUUAGGUAAAUAAAUUAAAAGAUCAAAUUGAACAAAAUAAAUGGUUAUGAUUGUUCUUUAGCUUUAUAAACACUAUCUGUUUUAACUGGUUUCUAUCUUUUGCAAUGGUAUGUACGUAUUACAGCAUAAUCCUAUGGGAAUUAUUCGUACUUAUUGGGUUUAUUAUCAGACAUCGAGUGUUUAAUAUUUUAUAUAGUUCAAGCAAGCAAAACGGCUUAUUGUCACUAGAAAUCACAGUUUGCUAUAGGGCUUUUGAAAGAGUGUUUCCAAGAAGCCAGAUGUAAGUUGAUGGAAGCUAACCUAUAUCAUAUUCAGUUGUCAUCGUGUUGGGUUAAACAUUUUCAACAGUCUUAAAUGUUUAAUCUGACUUCAUACACUUAGCUAUUAUGUGAUUUUCAUGUUGUUUUGUAUAGGAAAUGAAAGCUACGAGCUUGUAUUUACACCAAAUUUCGUUCCAAAGUUUCGUUUACCUGCUUUUUUGCUUCCUUUUUGAACCCAAUACUAAAUUCCUUGUCCGUUUUUUAGAUGGAAGACUCAGUGUAUGUAAAUAAACUCCCAGCUCCACGUGAAGUAUCACCACUCAUACGAACAGCACGUUGGGGAUUGUUAGCUGCUGGGAUUGUUUAUGGAGCUCUACGCCUAAAAUAUCUUACCAAAAGGGAAAAGAAGAUUACCGAGCGUGACCGUGCAAUUAUAGAAAAAAGAUUGAAGGAGUACAAUGAAUUGCAUGCUUUACAGGCACAAAAAUCUUUGGAAGAGUUAUCUAAAGCAACUGGUGUACCAUUGAAUUAGUAGAUAACAUAAUAAACUGUAGAGACUACUGUACCGUAUAUCACUUCAAACUUUUUAGAUAUAUAAUCAGUCAAUAUUCUUCUCUUUUUACUUGUUUACAACUUAAUACUAACAGAAAUAACACUAUACAAAUCAGAACUAAUGACAGCCUCUCUGUCACACGCUUUAAACCUCCACAUGGCAAGGUUUAAACAGCUGUGUACCAGAACCUACACAAAAAAUAAAGUCACUUGAUUACCUUUCAUAAAGUCCAAUUUUUUACGAAUACAAUGGGCUUGUUUAUAUUUAUCAAUCCAUGCCGCUUAAUAUCCGUAGAAGCAUACUGUGCAGCAUUAUGCUCUGUGUGUGGCUCC